UGAGUGACGUUUGGAAUGAAACGAAGCCCUAUUUUUAAGCCUACUGGAGUCAUUUAAACUGAUCUGAAGGUGAAUAAACAUGGCGAUGCCUAAAUGGGAGAGAAAGGCGCGCAUAUUUCUAUGUGUUUUUGGUUUGUUUUUGUCUGUUUAUGCGCUUCACGUCGAGCUGUCGCGAGAGAGAAACCCAGAUUACAGGGCGAUGUGCGACCUGGGGGAGUCUGUGAGCUGCUCCAAAGUGUUUACCUCCAGAUGGGGACGAGGUUUUGGCUUGGUCCAGUUCUUUGUUGCCCAAGAUAGCCCUCUGAACCAGCCCAACAGUGUGCUUGGCAUCAUAUUUUACACUCUGCAGAUGGGCCUGGGAAUGUCUCUGUCCAAAAAAGCAGCGAUGCUCUUGGUCUUCUCCUCCUGGGUGUCAGUGGCCGGCUCACUCUAUCUUGCAUCUAUUCUCGCCUUUGUUCUGGGGGAUUUCUGCAUGGUCUGCGUGUCAACAUACAUCGUCAACUUUGUGUUGCUCUUCACCAACCUGAGACGUAGGACGGCAAUUGAAGGAAUGAAGGAGAAGGCUGGAUAGAAAGUGAUACUACUACUUUUUGUGCUCAGCUGAAGCCACACUGGAUCUGAAAAGCGAAGUCUUUCCCCACAGUAUUUCUGCAUUGUUUACACCUGUUAAAGAGUUUUUAAGAGAAAUCGGCCUGGAGAUGCAUCUCAGAAGAUCUAUUAGAGGAUUUUAAUGUCAUGUUGUAUAUGAAUGUGUAUUGGUGAUGCAGAUUUCACACUUUUGAAAAUUUCCUCUUGCCUCUUGCAAUUUAGGCUUAUUAAGACAACAAAAGUCCUUUUGGAUAAUUUCUCAACAGCGAAUUAUAAGGUUUUGAAGAAACAUGCAAUUGCUCAGUCCAACCAGGAGAUGGAGCCACACGUGUAGGAUGAUCAUGGGGAAUGUGCAUACCGGAAAAAGUUUGGAGUAAUAAAGAACACCGUAGUA